GUCUGUCAGCUCCACACACGGUCACAGCCUAUUCACGGUGCAGAUAUUGGGAUGAACCAAGGUCUUUAUUAACUUGAGCCUUAGCGACCCAUACAUCUGUCCGCGGCCCAGCGGUGCCGUCCAGCCAUCCUCCGCGAGUUGUUUGGUUUCUCCCCGGUGAAACUUUGCCCGCCUCUUCUCUCUCCGUCAGCAUUCGGUUAUCAGAGCUGUUAUUGGAUAGUCGCAGGGAUUCCUCCUUCUCAUUGGCUCUUGGCUACGUCAAUCACAAUAUGAUAGCGUAGCGACACGUGUGGGAGUUCCCUGGAGUCGGAGAAGGAAAAAGGCUUUUCUGAAGAGGAAUGGAGGUAAGAAGCACUUUAUACAUCUCUCCUUUUACAUGUCUGGCUGAAUACUUCUGUACAGCUGCUGUCUGCUGCUUUUAUAUGUGAUAUAUAAGUGUUAAUAUAGGGGGAUAUGACUUAGAGUUCACAUGACUGCUGAUGAUAAAUUUUUGAUAUGCAGUUAGAGGCAGGAGAAGGCUCGCGCUUGUCCCUCUCCAUCUCUUUACACAGGGUCUGUUUCAUUUUAAUCAGCCUGGAGCAUUUUGUUUUAAAACAGGAAGAACGGGGUCUUAGUCAUGCAUUUUUGUGCUAUGUUUGUGUGUGUGUGUGUGUGUGUGUGUGUGUGUGUGUGUGUCCCUCCUGGCUCUUCCCAGACGGACUAUUUUUAAUUAUCCCAGAUAAAUCCUGUUUUAACUAGGUGUGUCUGCCUCUGUAUCCUAAUUAUUAAAGUUGGUCUCGAUUCAGAACCUCCCCUAUCUCUGUCCCCGUUGCCAUGGAAACCCCCCACCCCACCCCUCUUGGUCUAUAUUUAUAGUAGCCUAUAUUUGCCAGAGGUAGGGCUGUAUGGGGGCCAUCUGCACGAACAAAAACACUCUGUGAGAUGUUUCUGGGAGCAGGUGAACAUGCAUGAACUGAACUGUAUCGAGGAUCAAAUAUCAGACCUUACACAUCUGGAUUCAGCCAGAAACCCAAAAGACUAUUUUGCAUUUGGCGACUAAGAAACAAAGACAAAACUACACAGCUUCAUGUUUAUAGGAGGAAAAGGAGAAGACUGGCAGAUCUCCCCUUCACUACAAGAGGUGAUUAUUUCCAACUUUAAGGGUCUGCUGGUGGUUUUUAUGAGAUAUGAAACAUGUCACUCUACAAUUAAGAACUUUUUUAGCUGUCAGUGAAAGAGAUCCAGUUUAACGGUAUUAAAAGAUGUUUGGGGAUUGAUCUUCUCUCACAUGUUUACACUUCAGUUGGCCUAAACAGUCAGCUCACGGUUCAAAAGUCACCUCGUGGCAUGGGUAGCUAAAUUUACUCAUCUGGGAGGCUGCAUUAAUUCUCAAUAUAUAGAGGUUUUAGAGCUACAUAAGCCGCCAUCCAGACAAUGUCUCUUUGAGGGAAGACCUUGCACAAUACAGUAAAAAGAUACCAAACAACAUUCUGCAUGCAUUACAGCAGCAUUAGGAGAGUCCAGGUGCUAGAGGGGCCGGUCUGCAGUCCCAUCUUAUUACUCACUGACAACAUUUGGCACAUCAUGACCAGAAAAAUAUCACAAAAGAGACCCUGAACUGUUGAGUUUGUUGACUAUGUUUGGCAAGAAUGGGACAUUAUUUCACUUUUAAGACUCCAAAGCUUGGUCUCGACGGUCCCUGAAUAUUUACAGUGUUGUGAAAAGAACAGAUAAUGCAGCCCAGCGGUUAACAUCCCUCUGUCCCAAAACUGUUGUGAAACAUGUUGCUGGCAUCAACACUUUUAUUAGCACAUAUUUUCACUGAACGACAAUGUUGACUUUGCCCUGUUUUUAGUUAAAUAUAAGGUCAAAGGAUUUGCAAACCAUCCAUAUUUGUUUUUGUACACAUCUAAUUAAGAGUGUUUUGAUUUUGGGGGAUUUGGGUUUGUAUGUUAUCAUUUUUGAAGUCCGUCAGUGCUGUUGAAAGGUCAUAUUUAGACAGUGGUUUCAGUCUCUGCUGAGCCUUAGAGCAUUUGUUUGAGCCUAUUUACCUGUCAAAUAUUUACAGUGAUUGACAUUUUUGUCACUUUAAAGCUGGAGGAUAUUUUCUUCAUUGAAUAUUCACAGAAACUAAAGCAAAAGAACAGCACAGAGACAGACUCAGAGGAGAAAUGAAAGGACUGGAUACUGAAUGCAGCGGGAGACAUGAGUCAGCUUGGGUCAGAGAGUGAUGCACUGAACCUCGCCCUUCUUUGUGAUCUGAUUCAUCUGUCUCAUCUGCUCAUCAGACCCACUGUGAGGCUUGGCUCUGUGAAAUCUGUGGGAGUCAUUUGUGUGUAUGUGUACAAAGGGAGUGGGGAAGACCUUAAAGCUCCCGUGAGGAACUUUUAGUUAGAGUGGACUUUGGCACCCCCUGAGGACAAAGUGUUGCAUUUUAUCUUGUUGCUGAUAGCUCCUAUUGCAUGUUUACGUUGUAUUUUCAAAUGUAUGUAUUAUGCUGAAAAAAAAACUCAGCUCAUGGUCUCUCAGGCACACACCAACAGAAAGAAAAAGAUUUAGAAAAAUGUAGGAGCCCUGACGAGUCGAUCACUGAGUGCAGUGGAGUUCUGCAACCCAAUGAAGGAAAUUUAUGAUUUACCGUAUUGUUGUAUUUCCAUGAAGUAAUGAUCAUAAAUUACUAAUAAUAAUCGGUGAUCGACUUAUCAGGGCUUCCACACAAACAAGUGGCUGCUGGAGGAGAGUGGGUGAGUUGUGUUUGGUCUCUUUUUCCAAAGAAAUCAGACAAAGCUAAACAGAUGUUUGAUGGCUAGUUCUGAGGCUGGGACCCUAUAUGUACUGUUGAUGAAGUUGUGGUUUGCGUGUGGAGACUUACACCGCUGUGUAUUACUAUUGUGCAGUCUUUGCUGAAGUUGGUGGAAUGAGAGAAGCAAGCAGUCGGCAAAAUUCAUCUCUCGAGGGCGUGUCUAACUCGGUGUUACUCUGUGUUUGACCAUGGCUUAGACUUAUGCCAGAAUAUCCCUUUAAUUCUGGUGAUUAAGCUAAAUUUAAUGCCAGACUUCACUAAAAAAUUAAGUAUUUUUACACUGUCAUAAAAAAAAUUGGAGAUUUUAAGCUUUUUUACAAUGUAAAGACUUGGGCUUGUAUUUAAUUUUGAUAUGGAAGCCCAGCAGUCGUUAGUUUAUUAGUACUUGUGGCUGUUACAGCCUCUCUUUCAUCAUGCUCAUUCUGUCCCUCAGCUUUUCAGACACACACAUAUACAAACAGCUGCCCCCUUCUGCUCCUCUCCCUGCUCUCUUCUCUCCACCUGUGCCUGCAUUGUUGCCCGUGUUGACAAUACAGCGGUCCACCAAUUAUCUUAGCAGGAGUUGCAACUUCCUUCUGCCCCCCAAAACCAAUCUAUAUAUUUAUUCAAAAGCUCUGAAUCCCAAUUGAAGUAAUCUUCAACACACAGGUAAAAAUUAUUGGCUGGUUAUUAAGGCCUGUAUCAGUCAUCCGGUACACUAUCCGAAUUGGCCUUUUCUGUACUGAUGGAACCAAAACCAAUCAAUUAAAGAGUUUCAUGUUUUCUUGCACCUCUUUGUCUGGUUGCUCUCAGAUGCAGCUGUACUGAUGAUGAUGUUUUAUCUCAUAUUAUCUCCUAUCUUGUGUUGGGGUUACAAUAUCCCAGAUUCUAAAUCUUGCAAAGCUUAUCUUUUUUUUUUUUUUUUUUUUUUUUUUUUACUGUAAAUGCAUUUCAGUCUGAGAAUUGAUUAUUUGUCUUAUAAACUGCCGAAUUGUGAGUAUUGGUAUCAAUCCUGAAAAAAAACAACAGCCCACUGGCCCUAGUUUAGACAGUCUCUGCUUCAACCAGCGGUCUGAGAAAGAGGGUAAGGGGUGACAUGUAUGAAGACAGGCAGACAGUCAGCCACAUAAGAACAUCAGUAAUAGUGGUUUCAUGUCCUAGAAAUAAAACUAAUGGUAGAAAUAAUUACUUGAUCAUAGUAAUGUGAACAUGACUGAUUGUAAUAGUUGCUGACAAGAAGUAUCAUGAUACACUCCCUGAGUUGUGGUUUACCAUACUUAACUGGAUUAAUAUGUGAUGAAGAUUUAGGACACUCGGUCCACCUCUAACCAUGACAUGAUUUUCAGAAAGGCUCGAGAUUGGCUGGUGGGAGUGACAGAUACCAAUGUAUUAUGUCAUGUUUCUGUGUAUCAGUGAGGCCGUUUGGACACCUGGAUGUGGAUGAUGUUUUUAUUUAAGAGAUGGUGGUUUAGCUGCACAUUGAACAGGAUUACAGAAGUGAAGCAUACUUGAUAGAGCUCUAUCCUGGUUGUAAAAUAAUGUUGUGGGUGUCGAUGUCUAAUGAUGUGCUUUGUCUCCCUGCAGGUCAGCACUCUGUCACAGUGUGAGUAGCUGGGCAGGAGCAUGGCUGCAGGUAAGCACCACACACACAUACAGGGCCUGAAUUUCAUUUUAGUUCAACAAGGUAAUCCCCCUCCCCCUUUGUGCUAUACAUCUGGAGAUUUUUAAGUAAUAUGAGGGUAUUUUGUGUGUAGCAUAAACACAAUGAGAUAAGUUCUUAUGAAAUAGGCUGAAAUUAAAGCUGAUGCCUGUUUUUGACCUACAAAAGCAAACUAGACCAUUGUAGGGAAUAUUCAUUUUUUCCAAACUGUUGUCAGUGUGUUAUCAGUAACAGUGCCUGAACAGUAGAGCUGCACGAUUAUGGCUAAAAUGUUAAUCACUAUUUUUUCAUCAAUAUCAAGAUCAAAAUGAGAUUAUUUUUUCAGUUUUGGGUCAUUUUUUCCAUGUGUAUUGUUAAAAGUCUCUGUAUAUUGUGAAUCUUACCUUUUACCAGGGCUGAGCUGAGACCAAAAAAUCUGACCUGGUAUUUCUUACCCUCACUGACCUCAAACAUUUGCUCAAAUAAGCAUCAAAUCGUAUCAAAGCUUUACUUUUAUAAGAGGUUUAACUAUGAAAAUACAGUUGGGAAAAGGACUUUCACUAGAAGUGGAGUAAUUUCACAGAGAGGUAUUAAAAAGUAAAGCAAGAGAGAGUUUCUUUGUAUUCUAGUUAGGGGUCAGGUGACUUAAGCAUGUAGGCUUGGACUCUACCCUCUCCGUGUUGUCUCUCGUUGUCUUUGUUGGUCAAACUGACAUUCAAUUAUGUCAGCUGAUCUGUUCACUGCUGUGCACACACUGCUGUGUCCUUAGAAAUGGUUAUAAUUUGAAAUUAAGCCAUUUCUGAACUAGGUUUUCCAACAGUUUUAGAUGUUUAUUUUCACUCAGAUUUUCACUCAUGCUUGAUGAAACCUUGAAUUUUGAUGUUUUAUAUGAAUUUUUCAUACUUGAGGUCAUGUUUUCAGGCUGAAACACCUUUCUCAAUCUCUGUAAAUGAAUCAAGGAUGAAUUAUCCUCGAUGAUGUUUAGAGAGUCAAAUAUGUAAGUGCUAAACUGAGGGCUUCUUUUCUUCUCUGUGUUGUAGCGUUCCUAAAUGGUCCGGAUGCCCACUCCAUCCUGAAACGGUUCCCGCGUGCAAACGGCUUCCUUGAGGAGUUGAGGCAGGGGAACAUUGAGAGGGAGUGUGUGGAGGAGAGCUGCAGCUUCGAGGAGGCCAAUGAAGUUUUUGAGAACAAAGAGAGAACGGUGAGCUGGCGCUGACAGGGGACAUGGCAGCGAAUGUGUUCAACGCCUCCAUUUAUGACAGUAGCAUGAUGAAAGAGGAGGUGGAUUUGUUAGAGCUUUAUCACCACAGAGUCCUGUCGCAUCAGAUAACCGCUAAUAAAACCAGGAGAAAUCUGACGUUUAAAAGGAAGGUGACAAUGAGAGCUGCUAAACCACACAAUGGAGAAUCAACCUCUGAAAAAUAUUCAGCAGAUCGUUCAAACUUGUCAUCACAACUGUGACGUUGAUAUCAAUUAUCACACAGAUAACCUCUGAUUGUGUCUGCUCUCUGCCUGACAGAUGGAGUUCUGGAAAACUCGAAGCAUCUACACGGUGAGCAGCAGUGGUGAGGGGCGCUCUGAGCGUGCAGACACAGUCUACAUGGUGGUGCCCCUGCUGGGUGUGGCCCUGCUUAUCAUCAUUGGCCUCUUCCUCCUCUGGAGGUGCCAGCUACAGAAGGCCACACGCCGACGGCCCGCGUACACUCAAAACCGCUACCUGGGCAACAAUCGCAGUAACCGCAGCCUGCCGCGCAUCCUGGUUCACAGGGACCCUGGGUCACACACAGAGAGCUCACAGCACGAGGCCAGCCCACGUCCCACUGUGGUGGUUAGCGGUGCUGAGAGAGGAGACGGCUCCCAGCUGGACUCCCAUGGCCCCCACCAGCAGAACACUCGAGCUCUGUACGUCCAGGAUUCGUCCCUGUCGGUGGCAUCCAGACUGUCUGGUGCCACACCUCCUCCUUCUUAUGAGGAGGUGACGGGACACCUGGAGAGCAGCGGGGACGAGACCUCUGCACCAUCCUACAGCGACCCACCACCCAAAUAUGAGGAGAUCAUCAAGGAGAAAUGAGACCAAGACUGAAUCAACACUGCCAUGGCUCAAUCUCAAGGAAAACUGCCUCUGCCGGUGGUGCUGGCUGCAGGGCGCUCAAACCCAGAUUGUAAAUCCAGUCUUUCUUUGUUGUUAAACAUGAAGGUGCAACCUGAGGCCAGCCCUGCUCAUUAGUGUGUGUGCCACCCAGGAUUACUGUGUAUAAUUCACUGACACACCUCCUCACACUCCUCUUUUCUUUGGUCCUGGUUUCAUUUGAGACAAACUGCAGUUUCUGGUGUGGAUCUGACUCACAGGACUCACACUGACCCGGCUCUGUCUCCUCAGCUUGGGCUGCCACUACAAGAAUGACUGCCCCCUGAAUGCACAUGCAGUCACUGUGUGCACAUACUGUGACUCUCUGCACGUAAACAGUCAUGAGGAGUGGUAGUGGUUCAGUAUACUGGGCGCUCGGAGUCAGAUUUUUUGCUGAGUCAGAUCAUUAAAAGAUCUGGUUUUCACAGUUAAGGACUGCCCUUGUCUCGGGAUUUUGUCAGUCGAAUCUAGUUUGACUUCUCACUGCCAAGCUUUUAUAGCAGCUCAGCAUCACACUGAGUCUCUGAAAUCAGAGUCUCAAACUUUACCCAUGAAAAGUGUAUGAAUCAGAGUUCUACGUAAGAGACUUUAAAUAAUUUUCAGGUGACUGUGCUCUCACUCUUUAAACAACAUCACCUCUGCUUUAGCAGUUACUUUAACCAAGUAAAGGGAUCCAGUUAACCACUGUGCAGCACCUGAAUCUAACUGAAAAGCUAAAAACUGGACUCAAAUUUCCUAAAUCUGUGGAUUUGGUUCCUGACUUCAACAUUAAUUUUUCAGAGUUAAACAUCAGCAAGAAUUUUGCAGUCCACAUUAAGUCCUCUUUAUCGUGUCAGUCACUUGUGAUGCAGUAUGUUAACUAAGUCGUUGGAUAAGAAUCAUGGACCACAGCAUUCACAGCAGAGUUCAAAAAAUGACACAGAAAGAAGCACAUCCAGUCUGACGAAGCGUUUUCAUCUUUCAAUGCAGCCUAAAUCUGAGGAAAUGCACACUGUUCAAUGUACUGCCACAGCUACAGCUGUAACGAUGCCUCACAGUUGAGCUCAGAUUCUCACUUUUAUAGUAACACUCUGGCUAGUGAAAUGGGACUGUCAUUGUGUUAACUGUCUUAAAAAAUGAAAUAUUAAUAUAUUGUGCUAAAAAUAAGCAUAUAGUAGUUUUCCUUUAACUAGUUAGGUCACUGAAACUAGAAACUAGAACUAAGAUUUUUUUAAAGAUAAUUCUGAGAUAAAAAUUCAUGGUCAACUGUAUAUGGGCCACAUCUGCAAGACCAGAUAAAUGUCUCAUUUUAAGAUAUUACAAACUAAAAUUAAGAUCUAGAUUGUUUGUUAUCAGCAAAAGCAUACAAAAAUCUAUAUUUGGGGAAAGAAAUAUUCACAUUCAGACAACUUAAAUGAUCCCAAGGAGCUAUAUGGUUCUGGCAGUCUACUCAGACCAUACAUGCUUUACUUAUGCAUGUCAGAGACGGUAGAUACAGUGGCAGAGAUGCUAUCAGCACUUUGCUACCCUCAUGUGGCCCCCUUGAGUAACAACCAUAGACUGUAUAAUGAAUGGACAGAGUCUGCCUCCUCUCUGGGUGAAGCCACUCUGAGAACAGCACCCUCUGUUGAUGGGCUGCAGUAUAGGUCAUAAAUCCCGACUUUGCCAGCAAAGCUUAUAGAGUUGUGGACAAACUUUAGAAAAUUAUUACACAGAACAUAAUCCCCCCCCUUCUUGUGAUGUUGACAUGUAGUUACAGUAAGACUGCUUUGUGUUCAAGUCCUCUUUUUUUCUGUACAGCUCUGUUUUUAAAAGUUUUUAGGGGGUUCAUGUUUUCUUCGAUUGACACCUGAUGCAGCCUAUUGGCGUUCAGAGAUUGUGUAGCUCUCCCGGGGGAUACGCUGUUUGAGCCGAGCGUCAUCACAGCCACUCUUAGCGACUGCGUGCCCGAAUGCACACAUCGCUAUUGUACAGAGCUGGUUUCAGGAAAUGAAGACAAAUCCUGGAAAUACUGAGAGCUAUUUGGCUUAAAAUCCGUAUACAGGCAGAACCAAGUUGUCCAUAGUAUAUACAGUCUAUGGUAACAACACUCACUAGGACCAGGCAGAGCUCGGCUAAAUUAUGUGAAAUGAGGAAAUAAAUAAAUAAGGUAUACACACAAUUUAUGAUGUAAACUUACACUCUAAGAGUGUAUACCCAAAUAGACCAGAGACCAAAAGAUGGAAACUACCUAAUCAUAAUAAUAAAUUGAAUUUGUAUCAAAGAACCCAAGGUCACUUUACAAAGUGGAAUAAUAAACUGAAUGAAUUUGAAUUCCACUCUCUUCUACAGUAAUUCAGAUGAUCCAGAUGUCUACUUAUUGCAGCCAAACAGUUAAACACAACAUAAGGUACCAUCUUACUAGGUUUAAUGUAUGGAUUCAUAAGAACUUCUACCCAAUAUUAAAUCAGGACUCAUGCAGGUACACUGCUACAACAAUCCAGGUUCUGUGAGGAGGAGGAAGAGACUCCAGUGUGUAAUUCAAAAUUCAACUCCUACUUAAAAAAAAAAAAGGCUCAAUACAAUGUACAUGGGGAGGAAAUUUUGAGACUCUGUAAAGUUCACAGCCUGCCAUGCUGCUCCUUCUGCACUCUGUAACAAAACAUCUGAAUUACUUGGAUUCGACUGACAAACUAGAGGCGGACUUCUAGUCCUCUUGGCUGGAUCAUGAAUCUUUUAGGAGGCAGAUUUCUCACAGAACAGAGCCAUAACCAGCAGCCAGCUGGCCUCAUAUUCACUUUGUAGACCUGAAUGACUCAUCAGAGGGAGCUCACCUACUUUUCUGACUCUUGUGCUUUUGAUUUUCACAAAGAUUUUGUACCAACUCUACCCACCAGCAGACUCAAGUUUAUGCUUCCUUUCAUUUGCUGUGUGGACUGACUUGUAGUUCACAUGGAUGUCAUGUGGAUCAGCGGAAAAAGUAUUUCACUAUUAAUGAACAUUUAAUGUCUGUGUAAACAAACAGGUGCUAGCUGUGGCCUCAUAUCAGAGAGUAAAGACAGAGUUGCUCUCUGUUUGGACCCAAUGUUUGCACACUAUGUUACCUUCCAAUGAGCACCUGUCUCAUACCUACACCAGGACUACAUGGUUUUGUUUGGGUGAGACAAGUCUCCUCACUUCUGCUCUAAUUUGUCAAUCUGGGUUAAAAAAAAUCUUUGGGUGAAAUAAUUAGUUGAUUAGUUGUUAGUUAUAAAAAUCAUUUUGAUCUUUUAUGAUGAUAAACUGCCAUUGUUUUCCAGCUUCUCCAUUUUAGGACUUGCUGCUUUACUCUGCUUUAUAUCUUUGUAAAUUGAACAGCUUAUAGAAUUAUUUAUGGAAAAAUCAUCUUUUUAUUUCACAAACCUUCAACUCCCAAGAUCCAGACCAGUCCUUAAGUCGCUGUAGUCCCAUAAUGCAUAUGUUGACACAUGUAUUAUCACAGUUGUGAGUGUGUUUGAUGAUAUGUCCACUAAGAGGACACAGUGUUGACUUCAGUCCCACUGUAACCUCACAGCUGUGUCUGCUGUCGUCACGGUGACAGUGAGUAAACAAUCAAAUCAUCUAAGUGGAUAACUGUGGAAACAAUCUCGCACAGUGUGUAUAUGUACUCUCACUGUGUAGUGCAACACUGCCUAAACCCCACACUGUGUCUCCUCAAAAGAAUUUAGAUUUACAAAGUUUGAGGGUUACUUCUAAACAUUCUGACAUGAGCGUCAAAAGGGUUAGCCGAUAUGAGUUCAGUUUAAGCGCUGUACGUGAAAACUUGUUUCUUAUUUUAAUGCUUGGAUUCAUCACUAACUAUAAGUGGUCAUGGACAUUCAUUAGGGCCUAUUUCUACUGAUGGAGUCUACCAUGUUUUAGGGCCUGUGUCCUCUAAUAGAGUCGACCAUGCAUUAGGGCCUGUUUCCACUGACAGAUUCAGACAUGCAUUUAGGCCUGUUUCUACAGACAAAGUCUACGAUGUAUUAGGGCCUGUAUGCACUGAAAGUCUACCAUGAAUCAAGGCCUGUUUCCACUGCAUUAGGGCCUGUUUCUCUACCAUUCAUUAGGGCUUGUUUGUACUGACAGGGUCUACCAUGCAUUAGGGCCUGUUUCUACUGACAGAGUCUACCAUUCAUUAGGGCCUGUAUCCACUGACAGUUUUGGGUGCUGGCAUCAAUCUCCAUUGAGAGUGCUUCUCACAUGCUCUACCACUACAUAAGUUGUUAUACUUCUCUCCUCUACCUUGGUGAUGACCAUUUGAUCUGUUUUAAAUUGUUUUCUGCACUCAAUGUUGUACCGUAAACUAAAUUUAGUUACUUUUUCAUUUUUUAAAAUUCAAAAUGGCAUCGUGUUGGAAUUCCCCAGCUUUUGGUACAUAAUGCAGGUAAAAUGGUUCAAUGUGGCUCUAAUGUAAGUGACUCUAAAAGCAGAAUUUGCUGGACAGAAAUGAGGUUACCUGCAUCUUCACAUGGCAGCAGUAUCAGCAAGAGGAGUAUGUCAGACUGUUAGAGCUCAGGAAAAUGGGAUCCAGACAGUUAUUAAGAGUUAUAUAUUGUGAGCCCCUUAUUUGAUUGUGUAAGAGAGAGAAGAGCACUGCCUCCGCCUCAAUAUAUCCACUAAGCGCUACUCUAACCCUGGUAAACAAGGCAAACUUUCAAGUCAAUUUCGAGAACACAAUAGUUCCCAUUGUGAACAAAACACCCUAGAUGAAUUAGGAAAAAUGUGUCUGUUUUUUUUUUUUGUUGUUGUUUGUUUUAUUUUAUUUUAUUUUAGAAAAUUCUACCAUUAAAAUUUAGAUAUGAAACAAGAAAUCGUGCAGUGUUGUUCUCAAAGGUUGCAAACAUUUGCAUAAACAGCUGAAGCUACAUGUUGGUGCUACAUGUUUUUGCUUUUGUGACAAUGAGUGCCUAAAACACAGGUGCAGUGGUUUUGUUCGGAAAGAGGGUUCUGCCAGCACAUAAUGCAGCGAGUGGACACAGGCCCUUUAUCAUCACGAUUGUGACGCUUAAGGUUGGAAGUGUGUAUGUAGUGUCACAUCAGUUGUUAUAUUGUUUGAGUCUUUUUUUUUUAAUUUCAGGUUCUUCUGUUCCAACACUAAAGGGUCUUUUCCCACAUUGUCUCCUUUCAUACUAUAAUUUUUGUAAAUGUAUUGAUUGUUGACACAUCAUAAGCUUUAAAUGAGUAUGUAACCCUCUGUAAAAUGUUUGUAAAAUGAAGUAGAUCUGCAUUACACUGCUUGUGCACAUGUGCUUAUUUGAAAAAAAAAAGCACUUGGAAAUUCACUAACUAAAGUUUGAAAAGAUCAGAAAACUACAGACAUCUCUUUUCCAAGUGUCUGCACUUAAACUGACCAUUAGGCAACAAGAUUCGCUGUUUAUGUGCUGAGAGCAAUUGUAAAACAGCAGCAGAUCGACCAAAGCAAACGUUCAUUGUUUUGUGUCCGGAUUUAAGGGCUUCUUGUGUCUUCCACGGGAUGAGUGUUUACUGUCAGAGACAAAGAGGUGAAUUCAGCAGCACCAGUGCAGGCUGUGACCUCUGUGCAUUUCCUUACUUUAAAUCUGAAACAUGGAAACACUUUUAACCAACCCCCUCACUGAAGAUCUGUAAAAGAUUCACAGGAUCAGUCAUAUCAAACAGUGUUCAGUCAGUCCUGAUGUAAAGCAAAUAUGAGUCUAACCCGUGGUGCUUCUGAACUGUAUUAUUCAUUGAUGUCAGAUGGAAAUUAAGUAUUUUGUACUUUGGGGUGAUCCGUGUGUGUGUGCAGGCUGUGGACACUAACACUGCCAUGGCUGCUGCUCACAUGUCGUUCAGGUAACCACGAUAGUCAUGUCAGUGCUGUUCUUAUAAGAGGUGUGUUACAGUGUUGUCCGUGUUGUGCACAGUGAUGGUUACAUUUUGGUUGCAUAUUAACGGAGUUUGAGCUCCUCACAUGUGAUAAGGUGCACUUACAGUUUCCUGCCAGUGGCUUAUUUUUGUAUUCUCUUGUACUCUGAGUUUUUCACUGCCUUUGAAAACAGCCUGUUUACCAUUGAACCACACGAGCCUCUGUUUCACCACAUUCCACACGAUGAGAUCCACUGAUCUAAAUGAAUGAAUAAACUCUGUAAAUUUCACAAAAAGGCUGAUUUUCUCUCCACCAAAAUGGAUGUAUUGUAUAUUUCAAUAUAACUGUACUACUCUCUUGUAUUUCUUUCACUUUGGUCUUUUUUAAACUUCUAAUAAAUUCAGUGUAAAGAAACUUUCAGUCAAUGCUUCUUCUGUAGUGUUUUGUGCUUAUUAACAGAUAGCACACUUUGUGUUGUCCAGUGUUGUAACUUUGGCCUAUGAGUGUUUGCAGCUGAGAUACAACGACUCACAAAAUGAAAAGUAUGAAAUUGAUUAUUUUCUUUAGAGAUUUAUAAAAAAAAAAAAAACUGAACUACAAGGAGCUCAUUCACUGACCAUGGUAUUACGGUGGUUGAUUGGCCAACCAACUCACCUAACCUGGACCCUGUGGAGGAUCUCC